AAAAGUGCCAAGUGCGAAGCCAUCCAUAAGCAAAACAUUACUUGCUUUCAGCCUCCCUUGCAAGCCUGGGUCCUGCUGGCCUCGUUGGAAGCUGUGCUCACAGGGCCUCCAUGGCCUCUGCCCCUGAGCAGCCCCUGCGCGGUGUGCAGCAGCUCGAGGAGGAGGGAGAUCGGAAUGGAUGCGCCUGAGGCAGAAUCUCCGCUUCGUCGCGUGGGUCUUGGAACCUCUGUCUCACAAUGCUGUUUGUUCUUUCUUUCUACACAUGUUUAUAUGUCCACCAUGCACAAGUCUGUAGGUAGGCUCUGGAUUCAGUCAUAAAUAACACCUAUCACCUGUGAAUAAGAUAGAGCCUUGACCCAAAGGAGUUCGUGGCCAGUGGGGAAGCCAGUUGUCACCAUGCAGCAUGACAAGCCAUCCCCUAAAAGUGGGCACAAUACUUACAGGAGUGCAGAGUGUGGGGACAGAGCACACCUACCGGGGCCACCCUGGGGGAAGUUAGAAGUUGGAGGAAUGGGGUCGGGAUGAAUGUAGACAAGAGCCGGAUCACAGAAGGCUUGGAGAGGCUGGGAGAUGGAAAUUUCUCCAGAACCUUCCAGCUUGUGUACCAUGAGGGGCAAGAUAAUAGACGUGGGCUUUCUGGGGAAGGGUACCUCACACACAUGCACACACACAGUGUGUGCUCUGUCUGUGCCCCAGCCCCACCGACUGGCCCAGAGCCUGCAGCCACUGCCCUCUGCACAGAUUUGUGCAGCAGGAGUUGGAAAUCUGGAACCAUCAUCGGUGCAUGGAGUGGGGGUGUGGUGAGACCAUGGCCACAAAUUAAACCCUAGAAAGAAUGUGUGAAUGAGAGAUGUGGGUCAAGAGUGGAAGCCUGGGAGCACCCAUCAUUCAAGGUUAGGUGGCAAAGCAGGGUGAGAGUGAGCUGCUGAAGGACCCAGGGGAGCAAUGUGGGGAUGACAGCGAGGGCUUAGUACCCGCAGCAGCUUGACAUCGGUGACCGGGCGUCAGAUGGGAUAGAAAAGGAAACCACUUGCAGCUGGUGAUUAGGAGGCCAAUAGUGGCCCCAGAGGAAGCUCAGAGAAUCAUGCAGGGUCAAGGGCAGGGAUGAGUCCAGUCCAGCAGUUAGAGAGAACACAGACUUUUCAAAGAUGGACGUGAGGGACACGUUCCUGCACUGGAGGGACUGUCCCCAGGGUGGAGGCCACUGCUGCCAGGUGAAGGGCCGUGAGCAGGACCAUCCCCCAGGGGGUAUGUCGGAGGACCUGGACCCCAGCCUAGCAGCACUGUGGCCUGGCUGUGUGUGGCAGGCAGAGGGCCACGGCAGCCGUCAGAACACUCGCAGGUGACACGCUCAGGGAGGCCGUGGUGCUGCAGGAUGUAAUUGAUGGAGUGCAGUUGGCAUGGGAGCAGUGGCCGUUCAGACUGGUGGGGGCCGACUGGCAUUUUUCUGUGGGCAGGAGGACCUCCUGGCCUCACUGUGCACUCCAGGCCAGCCACUGGAGUUCAGGGUCACUCUGUCCUCCUCGGGAGCAGAGGAGGAGACGGAGGUCGGACUCAUCUUCAGCACAGUCUUCGUGAUUCUCGGGGUGACCGUCCUGGCCGGGGGCUUCCUUGUGCCCCCCAAAAUCGAAGCCUUUGGUGAAGCCGAUUUUGUCAUGGUCGAUAGGCACGCUGUCCAGUUUAACGGAGCCCUUGACGCAUGCAAGCUGGCAGGAGCUGUUUUCUUCUGCAUUGGGGGCAUGUCCAUGGCAGGCUGCCUGCUGAUGUCAGUGUUCACAAAGAAUUACUCCAAAGAAGAAAGAUUCCUUCAGCAAAAGUUUAAAGAGCGAAUUGCAGACAUCAAGGCUCAUGCCCAGCCCGUUACCAAACCUCCAGGCCCAGGGGAAGCCCAGAUUCCAGUCACUUUGUCCAGGGUGCAGAAUGUCCAGCCUGUAUCAGCAACCUGAGCAGUGCCCCCCAGACCGCCCCCUCCAGUCUGGGCGUGGCGUUCAGAUGGAGCAGGUCCAUCUCUGAGGCGGCUAGGCCCUGGCGCAGCCGUGCCCCAUGGCCGUGUGCCACCCUGGCAGGUACGUGCGGUCAGCUAGGAUUGGCGCUGUGUGUCCACCAUGCAUGCGCCGGGCUGCCCAUGGUGCCUCUGGGUGCCCACCAGGAGCCCCCUGAAAGCCCCCCUCAUGCAUUGUGACUUUGUGCUGUUCUCUGUGUUAUUGGAAAGCACCCAACAGUUUAGACCAGACUCCCCGCAGCCAGUGUGAGCUGAUUUAGUUUCUAAUACUGUUUUUUCUCAUCUCCCCUGUGUGGUGCCCCUCCCAUUCCUGUCCCACAAUGUGGAAGAGACUGUCCUUUGUGUUCAUAGAAAAAUCAAGGUCCCUGAAUUGACCCAAAGAAUCUUUUAACUGUAUUUGAACAUGAGGUCCCUGAGAUUGGAUACAAAAUGAUUGGAAUGCUCCUCAAAUCUUUUUUGUUCUCUGCAGGUUUCUUCACUCAAAAGGCUAAAAUUUCCCACUUUGGAAUCUUGGGAGUGGCACAAAUACUAGGAGUAUCUAUUUCUGUGCUGUCCAAUCACACACUGAAUUAGGAGCCAGGACAUUUGAGUCCUGGCUACUAAAUAAUCUGUGUGACCUUGGGGCGAUCAUUUAACUGACCUCUCAAUUUCCCCAUCUGAUAACGGGGGUCCUGAACUGUGAUGCCCAAGAUUCCCUUCUUGCCCUGUGGCAUCGUGUCUCCCUCACAGGCACGCUCACAGUGUCCCUGCGGCCACUGCCAGGCAGACCUUUUGAGGCCUGGGCCCUGGCAGAGUCACGAGCCAGCAGCCCGGCCUUCGUGCUCCCCUCGAAUACCAACCCCAGCAGUUCCCACAGACUGUCACAUUCUAUGCAGACAAAGCCAGCCACCCUCACUGAGAAGCCCGAGCAGAUACUAACCAGGGAAAGGGUUUUCUUCCCUCAUGUUUUAUUCUCCAGCAAGAUGUUCAUCUCAUCUUUUGGACUUUAUUUAAUCUGUGGGUUUAAACUGGACUGAGGAAAGUGAAACAGGACCUUCUCUUCUCUGAGAAUCCAUGCAGCCAUGGAGUUCUGUCUCUCUCUUGUUUUUCUUCCUUCACCAAAUAAAAUUUGUGAGCAAGCAGGACCUGAA